AUGGAGUCAGAGACCGCGACCACGACCACGAACGGCCAGGCCGCAACUCCCGAACAUGCGGACCUUUCUGUCAAGGCCAGACAAACAUGGCGUAAUGCAAUCAAACUACGAAAGAUUUUGACAAAGCACAUGGACAAGCUUCCAAAAGACAGCAACUCUGGCGUCGACAUCUCUCAGUUCGAGACAAUUGACUCGUACUUGGACAAAUUCCGUCUUGCUUGUGUUCAAACCAUAUACCUCGACUUCGAGUAUGCUGUCGCCGAACGUACCGAUCACACCAUGUGGACAGUACAUACUAGUAUCAACAACGAAUACCGACGAACCCUGAGCCGCCUCCGACACUUGGCGCAAAACCCAGACAAGCAAAAGGCCGAUAAGACGGCCAACGAGAAGCGCAACGGGGACAAGUCUAAGGGGGACAAACAAGCCACUCCAAAGCAGAAAAACGACAAGCGCAAUGUGGAGAAACGCAAGUUUGGUGAUAAGUACCUGGGCUUCCUACACGUCGCUCAGGAGUUCUACAAGGGAUAUGUGCAGCGACUCUCUGCUCGAUAUGAUAUCCCUGAACUGAAGCGCAUUGCCAAAGGAAUUGAGGUUGACGGGUCUUCUACCAGUGACGCCAUCAGCCCUGUCCCGAACCAGAUCUACCCAUUGGUGAUAAACUCUUGUCAUUUCACCCUCAUAUGCCUUGGCGACCUGGCACGCUAUCAGGUCCAAUCGGGGCUGAAGAAGUCAGGCUACAGAAUCGCCUUGGCCUACUAUAGUCUCGCCCACGACUUGAAACCCUAUUCCGGUUUCCCUUUCCACCAGAUGGGUAUCAUCAGCCUUGAAGAAGGCAAGGAUUUAGAUACCGUUUACUACUUUUACCGGAGCACUGCAACUGCCGAACCUCAUCCUAACGCAAAGCAGAGUCUUGAGUCCAAGUUCAAGACCCUGUUUCAGCCGGACAAGAGCCCGCCUAAGAAGCAAAGCAGAGUACCGAGCGAUGCAUUCGUCACAUGGUUCACAAAGCUUCAUGCUUCAUACUAUAGGAAUGAGAACAUGGCUGGCAUGGCGGAGCUCGAAAGGGAAGUCCUGCACCGACUUGAAAUGGCCUCCAAGAACCCCGACUAUUCUGAAGUUCUAUUCAAGAUGACACUGAUUAACAUGUCAAGCUAUCAUGUCGCAUCCCAGAAAUACACUGAGGCCCAAUCACCGGCAACAUCUAGAACUUGUCAUCGUACCCUGCGCAUAAAUGCGCAGUUUAUCCUUGCCUUCUGCUCAGCCCUUGGUUCAGAGCUCACCAAUAUCGUUGAGCGAGAGAGUCAUGCUUCUGAGGACCCUGCCACUGCUAAAUCGUCUCCUGUGAUCGAGUCACUUCUGCCUUUACUGCGCGUUUACGGCAUGUGGCUUGCCGCACGCCGCCAGGAGAUCUUUGCUGCUGGCCAGGCUCUUGGUGCUGUACUCCCGGACAUGAUGAAAGCUAUCUCUAAGGUCUUUUCAUUACUAUGCAACGAGAAGUACACGCAGGAAGCGUUGGCAUCAUGCCCCUAUCUUCUUGCUGAAGACGUCGAGACUCAGGGGCUACUUCCUCUUGCUGAAGAUCAAGUACCUGAGGCAUGCCGGUCUUACUAUUUAGAGAGCGGGGUCUUGAAACCAAGGCUGCCAUCCCAAGAGCACCGACUUCGCCCCUUUCAAGAGACGCUGGCAAGAAUUUUGGACAUUCUUCGAUGCGCCUAUUUCCUGGCAGAAGAUGUCUCGUGCCCGCUAAUGUACCAAGUCUCUGAGCACGGCCUUGUCUUUGAAUACAAGCCGGUGUCUACACAGAAUGAACCGGUUCCUCAACCUAUGUCCAUUGUGAAUUCCCCUACACAAGAGGUCAAGAGCAAGACCAAGGCGGUAAGCCAUGAGCGCAAGAUCUCUGAAAAUCGACAGGUGGACAGCCACCCUGCAGUCAACGGAACUUCGAGAAGGUCUUUCGCUGCAUCUCCUGAGACUCAACUUCCCCAGGAGGAGCUUUCCCCGGAUGAUGCGGAUAACACUGUUAUCAAUAUGCUCACGCCUUUCCUUAGGCCACCUACUCCCGAGCAGGUUCAGUCGGAUCAUCGGUCCACGGCUGAGUCCUCUUACGGAAUGCACAGUACGACAGCAAACGAAGUGUUCGAAAUGCUUCAUGCUUCGCCAGCCCCUAGCGGCUCUUUGCCCACAGGCAAGUUCGCACCUCUGCCUUGGGCCUGGCUUCAUACAUCCACGCCUCACAGAAGCAGUGACGCUUCUGCUUCUGCCUACAAUGCUGCUUUUGAUGCCCCUGUCAGCCCUAACGUUGCCGCCCGGGAGAUGUCGCGAAAUGUCAGCACGUUUGAGGAUCCUUAUACCAACUCUUCGCCUCAGCUCCCUUCUAUGCCAAUUCAUCGGGCGACCAAUGGUACGAUGGCAAGUCCUCGCGUUGCUUCCGCAGCUGAGGAGGCUCAUCGUAACAAUUUGCUACAAACCUUUGGGAGUUCCAGCGCCCCUAGAACCUCUUCGUUGAGCCAAUGGGGCCAGAACUCAAACCGUCUUGCCAACAACACAAACCCACAAUCUCAUGGACACAGCCAGGUCUCAAACGGUUAUCCUACAUCCUCUACUUUGUCUGGAUUCUCACACCCAAGCAGCUUAUACCAGGGUACUCCCAGUAACGGGGCCAGUUUCGGUAUGCCGAAUGGAGGCUAUGCAGACAUGAGCCGUUACGAUCGUAACCGCGCGCAAGAAUCGGCGCCAGCCUCGUCAGGCCGACGGUUUCAGAUGGACGAGACAACUUCCAGCUAUGACGCUGCGAUCUUGCAGGCUGCAUUCUACGGCAACAGGUAG